AUGGGUUGCGCCUCCUCCGCCACCGCCGAGGGAACAUCCAAGGACGGCACCGCCGUCGUCCGCUCGCCCGAACGCGCGUCGACGUCCGCGAACGACGCGUCAAAGACGAAACAAUCACAAUCCAAAUCACCGAGCGUGAGCUACCAAGUGCGCCUGCGCGGAGGGCCGUUGACGCAGGACGAAUACAACGCGCGGUUAACGGGCGUGCACGGGGCGAACGCGAUCGAUGUCGCGUUUAAGGGCGAGAGCGGGGAGGCGCGGUCGUACACAUUACGAUACGCGCUGUGCUCCCAGCGCGGAUACUACCCAGAGGCGCCGAAUAAGCGCAAUCAAGACGCGUGGGUGUGCGCACGGAAUUUCCGAGGUAAAAAGGAUGAGUUGUUGUUCGGCGUGUUCGAUGGACACGGGGAGUUUGGGACGGAGUGCGCGGAGUUCGCGUGCGAACGACUGCCGAUGGAGAUCGCGACGAGGGGGUUCGGGAACGUGAGCGCGUACGAGGCGGCGUUUCGGGCGACGAAUGCGGGGUUACGGGCGAGCGACGUGGAUGAUUCGUUGAGCGGAACCACGGCGGUUAUCGCGCACAUCAAAGGAAGGGAUAUGUAUGUGAUGAACUGCGGGGAUUCGCGGGCGACGAUGGCAAUGGCGACGAGGAACGUCAAGGGAGAGGUUACGGGGGUGGACACGGUUGAUUUGAGCUCGGAUCAGACGCCGUUUCGCGCGGAUGAGUGCGAGCGAGUGAAGCGAGAGGGAGCGCGCGUGCUCACGCUCGAUCAACUCGAGGGGUUUAAGGAUCCCGCGGUGCAGUGCUGGGGGACGGAGCAAGACGACGACGGCGAUCCUCCGAGGCUUUGGGCAAAGAACGGGAUGUAUCCAGGAACAGCGUUCACGCGUUCCAUCGGCGACGCCGUGGCCGAGCGCAUAGGCGUCAUCUCGACUCCGGAAAUCGAGCACGUUCGCUUGAGCGAGGAUACUAAGGCAGUGAUCAUUGCCUCGGACGGUGUUUUCGAGUUCAUUCCAUCGACAAGCGUGGUCAAGGCGGCGACGUCGACGAAGGAUCCACAGCAAAGCGCCAUCGCGCUCGUGGUCGAGUCCUACAAGCUUUGGCUGCAGUACGAGACACGCACGGAUGAUAUCACUGUCAUCGUCAUCCUGAUAGAGGACUUCCUGGAGGAGAAACAGCAAGAAAUCGCACCAGUCACGCCGCUCAAAUCAGUCCAAAGCGUGGGGGCUCUGUUCAACUUUCCGGAUCGCAUGGACCCGCUCUCGUCGCCGUUUCCGUCGUCAGCGAGACCGAGACGUCGUGUCAUGCCGACUUUUACCAUGCAAACACGUCGUAGCUAUCGCGUCGUUCACCCGUACGGGGUUCCAUCGGAUAUCACGCUCCAAGACGGCAGUCCGUUGGAGGAACAGAUGGGAGAUUUGUCAAUCGCGAUUUCGUCGGACAGGUCGCCCCUGAUUUCUAUCAUCAGGCAGUCGUUCUUAUUUUACGACGCCCCAGAACACUUGUUAGAGCAAGUAGCCAAGGUCAUGUACAAGAAGCGCUUCGAAAACGGCGACGUCAUCGUGACACAGAACGACAAAAACUGCGUGCGAGCGUUGUACGUCGUGCAGAGCGGGACGCUGACUGGACGAGACAACGUGCAAUGGGUCGAGAACGAGGGAGACGACAAUGCGAAGAAGAAGCAAACCGAAAAGUUGCGAGCGUACGGUAGAGACGGGGAUAGGAUGUGCUUUAACGAACAGUGCAUGGCGCACGCACAGAUGCCGCACGAGACAGUGACUGCUACCAGCGACGGAGUGCUUUGGGUUCUAGAUUUCGCCGCAUACGUCACUAUCACGCGCGAGGCCAAUGAACGAAGCGUUGAUAUGUUGACACGUGUGCUCCGAGGAGUCGAUGCGUUGAAGCCCGUGAGUUUGAGUGACUUGAGGCGCGUAGCGGCGAAGAUUGUCCUCAACAGAGCCAACUCGCUCGUCAAGACAGCUAAGGAUCAGCUCAUUGCGAAUCAAGGACAGAUUCUCACCGCAAUGCACGUCAUGAACAAGGGAGAGGUCGCGUGUACCGUGAGGUCGAACGCACGCGACGAGAGCGAACCUCCCAGGGUCGUUCUGAAGUUGACAGUCGGGCAAUAUUUUGGUGAACGCGCUCUGCUUUCUGCAGCUGGAGCGCCAUGCGCGACAAACAUUCAGUCGCUCAGCGAUGAUGUGCAGGUUUGGAAAGUCACGAGAGAGGACAUCUCAUCUGUCACUGGUAGCGAAGUAAUAAUGCGAACAUCAUCGGCGUUGGAGCGAACGGCAUCGAGCGAGCGUUUACUCGCACCUCGCACCUCGGCGGGUUUGGACAUUCCCCAUGAACGGAGGUUGAGUUUCGGCGAUGACGAUCGCGCUACGCGUGAGGCGUUGUACAUGACACUUCUUGGCCACAUGCGCGAGACUAAGGGAAUGCACAAGGAGGCGACAGUACAAAUUUCCCUCGCGAGGACAGAGUCGCUCUCUCGAGUGGAAGGCGUUCUGCGCGAGCGCAAAAUCAUCACCGCUCUCACCGCUGGGUCUACUUUGCCACCGUCCUUCAUUCCGACGCCGGGUAUCCCGUCAAGAGACGCAAGCUUCAUCUCCAUCCCGUAUCCUUUCGUUCCGAGGUGUGCGCUGGAGGCUGUGAUCGCGUGCGGCGGUGGGUCAAAUAUUGAAGUGGUGCGAUACUACAUCGCAUCGCUCGUCGUCGUCCUCGAGUACAUGCACUCGAUGGACAUCGUGUUCCGAGGCAUGGAUCCGGAGACCAUGGUUAUCGAUGAGCGUGGCAUGCUUCGUUUAACGGACUUCCGAUUCGCCAAGCGCCUCUCCGUGACGGACAAGACUCCCGGGAGGACUUAUACUGUGUGCGGCGCUGCGGCGUACAUGGCACCUGAAGUCGUUCGAGGCCUAGGCCACGACGAGCGUGCCGACUGGUUCUCACUGGGCGUCUUCAUCGCGCACCUUCUUCGUGGGGCGCCCCCGUUCGGGAUGACGGUAGGGCACAAGACAUACGAGGCGAUUUGCAUGUGCGAUUUGGCCAGCGCGUUCCCGGCGUCGAUCGAUAAGAAGAUUCCUGAGGCGGAGAUCCUCGCGCGGUGCCUCCUCGUCGUCGACCCGGACAGUCGUCUGCACAGUACAUCGUCAGUGAAGCAGUGUGAUCUGUUGUGCGACGUCGAUUGGGACGCGUUGGCGAACCAACCACCGCCCAAGGCGGUGGAGACACUCACUCGAUCGGCGUAUCGCGGCCGAGGCGUGCCGCCGAUUCGAGACGCGACAGAGCCCCAAAACGUGGUCGAACGAACCGCCUGGGUCGACACAUUCAUGGCUCUGGACUCCAUCGCACCUUAG